AUGGGUAAGACGUAUAACUUAUUUGUGAAGCAGAAAGGGACAACUACUGCGUUGAAGCAGCCAAAAGAGUUGAGUUAUUACUCUAGGACAACUAAUGAAGAGUUUUUGGUUGGUAAUGAUGCGAACCUAAAUUACUAUUACCUGCCAGAUGCAGAAUUGGAUAACAGGCUGGAUUUGUCAGCUGGGGUUGCUAAGAUGAGGGAUACUGCGAAGGAGUUUAAGGACCCUGGUACGCUGCGAGGUCUGCUGGCGACAGUUCAAAGUGUUGAAGAGAAGAAGCAGAAGAGAACUAAAGCCGAUAUCAUCACAUUCAGGGGGGUCAUUAGGAGGCUGAUCUCGGCGGCUUUUGAUAGUCCGAAAUUCAAUAAAGUUGAUCUACGAGUCGUUGCAUUCGAUGGACAAAUUUUUAUUAGGGAUGUAGCAUCUAAGGACGAAGAACUUAGGAUGACUACUGAGAGCCGGAACGCUUGGUACACGGGAUACAAGUUCGAGACAGUUGCUACACUUUCACAACCUCUACCGUACGUUGAUAGGGAGACUGUGGAGAAGAGACCUAAGAAAUUAGUCAAUACGGGAGACGAAUAUAUUACUGUGGUGCGAACGGGUGUUGGGAACAGCAAGUUGAUUCUUGGCGCUGAAGUUGAUUGUAUAUUCGAUUUCAAGGAGGAAGGUAAAGAUAAUUUGAAGCACUAUGCCGAACUGAAGUGCUCUGCCAUGGUUUCGACUCAGGCGGAUGCUCGCAAAUUUGAAAAGAAGAUUUUCAAGACGUGGUUACAAUGUUUUUUGGUAGGAAUCCCCAGGAUUAUCUAUGGUUUUCGUGAUGAUAACUGUAUUCUAAAGACUGUAGAGGAGUUUGCCGCGGAUGAAGUUCCAAUAAUCUUAAAGAGCAACAACCCUGCGAUGAGCACAGCGUGCUUGGACGCUAUAAAGUGGUACGGUACGCUUGUCGAAUGGUUGCUCAACACUAUUCCAAGAGACGACGUUGCAAAUAUUAAGCCUUACAAGCUAGUAUAUGAGAACAAUCAUUUGCGGCUCACCGAAAUGGAUGAAAUAGAUGAAGAAUACGAUGCAAUUGUCAAUGGGGAAGCAGUAAUUACAAAUGAUUUCAAGCAGUGGAGAACGUCUCUACCGCAGUGA